AUGCGGAGCCCACCACAGAAUCUUCCCUAUGUGGUACUUACUUCGGCGGCGUCUUCAGCCCUCAGCAGCUUGGGUCACGUGUACACGGCCAUCGGCGACUAUCCCAACGCCCUGGCCAGCCACAAGCAGUGCGUCCUGCUGGCCAAACAGUCCAAGGAUCAGCUCUCCGAGGCUCGGGAGCUGGGUAACAUGGGAGCCGUCUACAUCGCCAUGGGUGACUUCGAUAAUGCCGUGCAGUGCCACGAACAGCACCUGAGCAUCGCCAAGAGCCUCGGCAACAAGCGCGAGGAGGCGCGUGCCUACAGCAACCUGGGAAGCGCUUACCACUACCACCGCAACUUCGACAAGGCCAUGUCCUACCACACGCACGUGCUGGAGCUCGCACAGGAGCUCGAGGAGAAGAGCAUCGAAAUGAGGGCGUACGCGGGGCUGGGACACGCCGCCCGAUGCAUGCAGGAUCUGGAGAGAGCGAAGCAGUAUCACGAACAACAGCUCAGCAUCGCAGAAGGCCUGAAGGACCGCGCCGCCGAGGGCAGGGCUUCAUCGAACCUGGGAAUCAUUCACCAGAUGAAAGGGGACUACGAGACCGCUCUGAAGCUGCACAAGGCUCAUCUAUCCAUCGCCCAAGAGCUAAACGACUAUGCCGCCCAGGGAAGGGCGUACGGAAACAUGGGCAACGCUUACAACGCCCUCUGUGCCUUCGACCAGGCCGUGCGCUACCACCGCCAAGAGCUGCAGAUUUCCAUGGAGGUUAACGAUCGUGCCUCGCAGGCUUCGACGCAUGGGAACCUGGCAGUGGCGUACCAGGCUCUGGGGGCGCAUGAUCGGGCCUUGCAACAUUACCAGAAUCAUCUAAACAUUGCCCGAGAGUUGAGAGACAUCCAGAGUGAGGCUCGUGCCUUGGGCAACUUGGGUAAUUUCCACUGCUCUCGGGGAGAGUUUCCCCAAGCCGUACCCUACUAUGAACAGUACCUACGGCUUUCCCCAGACUUGCAGGAUAUGGAGAGCGAAGGUAAGGUCUGUCACAACUUGGGAUACGCACACUACUGUCUGGGAAACUUCCAGGAGGCGGUGAAGUACUACGAACAAGAUCUGGCACUUGCUAAGGACCUCCAUGACAAGUUAAGUCAAGCCAAAGCCUACUGUAAUCUGGGCCUGGCCUUCAAGGCUCUUGGCGACUACAGCAAGGCGGAGGAGUGCCAGAAGUACCUUCUUUCCUUGGCACAGUCGCUGAACAACUCGCAGGCUCGAUUCCGCGCCUUGGGCAACCUGGGAGACAUCUUCCUUUGUAAGAAGGACGUUCCCGGAGCCGUCAAGUUUUACGAGCAGCAGUUGUCCUUGGCGCACCAAGUCAAGGAUCGCAAGAUGGAGGCAAAUGCCUACGCUGCACUGGGAGCCGCCUACCGAAUGCUACAGAAGUUUGACAAGGCCUUAGGGUACCACACCCAGGAACUGGAGGUGUACCAGGAGCAGGGCGACAUCCAGGGAGAGUGCCAGGCUCAUGGACACCUCGCUGCCGUCUACAUGUCUCUUGGAAAGUACUCCAUGGCCUUUAAAUGUUACGAGGAACAGCUUGAGCUUGGCCAGCGACUGAAGGACCCCAGCAUUGAAGCCCAGGUUUAUGGUAACAUGGGUAUUACGAAAAUGAACAUGGGAGUAAUGGAGGAGGCCAUUGGCUAUUUUGAGCAACAGUUGGCGAUGUUGCAGCAGCUCAGUGGCAACGAGGCCGUGCUGGACCGUGGUCGUGCUUAUGGGAACUUGGGAGACUGCUAUGACUCGCUGGGAGAUUUUGAAGAGGCAAUUAAGUAUUAUGACCAGUAUCUCUCCGUGGCACAGAGCCUCAACCAUAUGCAGGACCAGGAGAAGGCAUACAGAGGUCUUGGUAAUGGACACAGGGCGAUGGGGAGUCUUCAGCAGUCUCUGGUGUGUUUUGAGAAGAGGUUGGUGGUGGCGCAUGAGCUGGGCGAGUGUGGGGGAAAAGCUCAGGCGUACGGAGAACUGGGCAGCUUGCACAGCCAGCUGGGUAACUACGAGCAGGCCAUCUCCUGCCUGGAGCGGCAGCUCGCCAUCGCCCGCGACACCCAAGAUCGAUUGCUGGAGGGCGACGCCAGCUGCGGCCUGGGCACCGUGUACCAGCUGAUGGGCGAACACGACACGGCCCUUCAGUUUCACCAAUUGGACCUCCAGAUCGCGGAGGAGACGGGCAGCGGCAGCUGUCAGGGACGGGCCUACGGGAACCUGGGACUCACUUACGAGUCGCUGGGUAAUUUCGAGCGUGCCGUGGUGUAUCAGGAGCAGCACCUGAGCAUCGCGGCGCAGACCAACGACCUGGUGGCCAAAACUCUGGCCUACAGCAGCCUGGGACGAACGCACCAUGCGCUGCAGAACUACUCGCAGUCCGUCAUGUACCUGCAGGAAGGUCUGCGUCUAGCGGAGCAGCUGGGCCGUCGGGAGGACGAGGCCAAGAUCCGACACCGUCUGGGGCUCUCGCUGUGGGCCAGCGGCAAUCUGGAGGAAUCCCAGCACCAGCUGUACCGUGCGUCGGCUCUGUUCGAGACCAUUCGUCAUGAAGCGCAGCACAGCACCGACUACAAGCUCUCCCUGUUCGACCUGCAGACCUCCUCGUACCAGGCUCUCCAGAGGGUCCUUGUCAGCCUCGGUCACCAUGAUGAAGCUCUGGCCGUGGCGGAGCGCGGACGCACUCGGGCCUUUGCUGACCUGCUGGUGGAGAGACAGACGGGCCAGCAGGACUCUGACCCCUACACGCCCGUGACGGUGGAGCACAUCCUGGACACUGUGAACGGGCAGCGGGCGCUGGUGCUCUACUUCUCUCUGGCGGCAGGAUACCUGUACAGCUGGCUCCUGGCCCCCGGCUCCGGUAUCCUGAAGUUUCAUGAGGUGUAUCUGGGCGAGGGCGCGUCGGAUGGCGGUACGUCAGACUUCCAGGAGGGCGGUGGCGGCUCUGUGCCCGCGGCUGGUGGCUCGUCUCUGGAGCAGCACAUUAGUAACACGCGGGAAGCUCUGGGUGUGGAUUCAUACUACAGCAGAGCCUGUUCCAGCAGCGAGACGGAGAGCGAAGCUGGAGACCUUUUGGACCAGCAAUUUGAAGAACUCAAUAAUAAACUCAACUCAGUGACCGACCCGACCGGCUUCUUGAGGAUGGUUUCCAGAAACAACCUCUUCAACAGGAGCUGUCAGAGUAUGACGAGUCUCUUCAGUAACACGGUGUCUCCGGUGAAGGAGGGCUCGUCUUCUCUGCCGCGCCGCGCCAGUGCGCUCAGCAAACCCCCGCUACGAGCCCUUUACGACCUGCUCGUCGCCCCGAUGGAGGGGGGUCUGAUGCACUCCAGCGGUCCGGUCGGCAGACACAGACAGCUGGUUCUGGUUCUGGAGGGCGAGUUGUAUCUCAUCCCGUUUGCUCUGCUGAAGGGAAGCUCGUCUAAUGAGUAUCUGUACGAGCGGUUCAGUCUCAUCGCCGUACCGUCCAUCGGCAGUCUGGGGAGCACUGCUAAAGUAGUGAAUUACUGCUCCAUGAGGCUGAUCGAGUGUGUUUUCGUGACCUGCAGCUCGUACCAGGAGUCGGACAGUAAAGUAACGGCGGACGGUGUGGUGGGUUUGACCAGGGCUUUCCUGGCGGCUGGAGCUCAGUGUGUGCUGGUGUCUCUGUGGCCGGUUCCCGUCGCAGCCUCUAAGAUGUUCGUCCACGCGUUCUACAGCGCUCUGCUCAACGGCACCAAAGCCAGCGCGGCCCUCGCAGACGCCAUGAAGACCGUCCAGAGCAGCAAACAGUUCUCACACCCCUCCAACUGGGCAGGCUUCAUGCUGAUUGGCAGUGACGUGAAACUGAACAGCCCGUCGUCUCUGAUUGGUCAGGCUCUGGCUGAGAUCCUGCAGUAUCCAGACAAAGCUAGAGAUGCCCUGAGGGUUCUGCUACACCUGGUGGAGAAAUCUCUCCAGCGCAUUCAGAACGGCCAGAGGAACUCCAUGUACACGUCUCAGCAGAGUGUGGAGAAUAAGGUGGGCGGCGUGCCCGGCUGGCAGGCUCUGCUGACCGCGGUGGGAUUCAGGCUGGACUCGGCUGGAACGGGCCUCCCCGCGGCGGUCUUCUUCCCCACCACUGACCCCGGAGACCGACUGCAGCAAUGCAGCACCACCCUACAGUCACUGCUGGGUUUGCCUCCUCCUGCUCUGCAGGCUUUGUGUAAACUGAUCACAGCAUCAGAAACCGGAGAACAGCUGAUCAACCGGGCUGUUAAAAAUGUAGUGGGAAUGCUCCAUCAGGUUUUGGUGCAGCUUCAGUCUGGAGAGAAGGAGCAGGAUUUCUCUCUCGCGCCCAUCCAGGUGUCCAUCAGCGUGCAGCUCUGGAGGCUUCCUGGCUGCCAUGAGUUCCUGGCCGCUCUGGGGUUUGACCUGUGUGAGGUCGGUCAGGAGGAGGUGGUGUUGAAGACGGGCAAACAGGCCAACCGUCGCACCAUGCACUUUGCCCUGCAGUCGCUGCUGGCACUGUUUGACUCUACUGAGCUGCCGAAGCGCCUGAGUCUGGACAGUUCAUCGUCUCUGGAGUCUCUGGCUUCAGCACAGUCUGUGUCCCACCAGCUGCCUAUGGGCUAUCCCAACCCUCCCUUCUCCCCUCCAUGUCCCGACAGCCUUGCCUCUGACGCCAUCUCCGUCUAUAGCCUGAGCUCCAUCGCCUCUUCCAUGAGCUUCCUAUCCCGUCCCGAAGGCGCGUCCGACUUCAUCAGCCAGCGCUCGCGGCAGCAGGAGCUAGAGCGGCAUCGGGGCGGAGCCGGGCUGUUCGCGUCCCACCGGCACACGGCGGUGCCCCGCAGCCGCUCGUCCCCGCAUGGAGCCGUAGGAGGGCACGAUGAUGAAGAGUAUGAAGGAUACAGUAUAAUCAGCAGCGAGCCGUUGGGUAGCCAAUGCGACACGCUCCCUCGUCCUGCAAAUCACAGGAACCAUCGGGGCGCUGCACGCGGCGGGACCGGCAGGGGUUACGCGGUGUCUGUGUCCUCUAGGGGAAGCGUCAGCACCCCGACGUCUCCGGUCAAAGCCACCCUGGUUCCCAGUCCCAACUCGCCCUUCCAGAAGGUCGGGAAGGUGAGCAGCUCCGACACGGGCGAAUCCGAUCAAUCCAGCACAGAGACAGACAGCACUGUGAAGUCCCAAGAGGAGCGUACGCCCGGAGCCGCUCUGGACCCACAAGAACUGGCGCAGAAGAUCCUGGAAGAAACGCAAAGCCACAUGCGGGCCGUCGAGACUUUGCAGAGAAGCACUGGGAGCGUCCCGUUGGGCGACGGGAUGGGCGGCGGAGGCCCCCCGACCCCAACCGGAGGUUCUGCUUUCCGUUCCUCGGAGACGAGCGCGUUCAGUCGCCCUAGUAGCCGGGCGAGCAUCAAGGCGCAGUCGUCUCCACUCCCAACACGCCCCAAACCGCCCUCCCGUACGUCGUCCCUACAGAAGGUCAGCUCGGGAUACAACAGCCCCGCUACGUCCGAGACGUCCCUAAAGGAAGGCAGCCAACCGUCGCCAACUUCUGACAGUCAUGCCCAGUUUAAACUCAAGUAUCCCAGCUCGCCUUACAGCGGCCACAUCUCCCACUCGCCCAGCAACGUCUCGCCCAGCUCGGGCCACCAGUCUCCGGCCGGCAGCGCACCCUCUCCGGCAUUGUCCUACUCCUCAACGGGCUCGACGCGCUCCAGUCCGGCGGACGCUCCGGAUAUCGACCGACUCAAAUUGGCCGCUAUAGACGAAAAAGUCCAAGCGAUCCACAAUCUCAAGACUUUCUGGGCCAGCGCCACCCAACAGCAGCACUCGGGACCAAUGCGGGCACUCCGCGGCGGGAAACUGAGCACCGCCAAACGAGAUGUCCUGGGCCUUCUGAACCUCUCGCCCCGACACGGCGUGACGGGACAGGAUACGCCCGGCCAGGAUGUGGCGCUCGAGCACAGAAAUCCACCCAACGGCCAUCGCAAGAUCGAUCCCAAGAGAGUCGCGCCUUCUCCGACGGCGUCCACUGGCAGCAGUCCAGGGUCGCAUCCCAUCCGACUGCCUUCGGGGAAUGGAUACAAGUUCCUGUCGCCGGGACGGUUCUUCCCUUCGUCUAAAUGUUGAGAUUAUGUCCCUCAGUGACUGGCUUCUCUUGAUAAAGGAGUAUUUUGAGUAUUUAUGACUCUUGAAAACAGUGAAAAGGACAGUCUGGGUGAGGAAGUGCACAUUCCCAGAAGCCUCAAACUGCCUACUGUUUUAUUUUCCCGUGCAGAGAGCAUAUAAUCCUUAUGCUUCCACCAACACUGUAAAGGACCGUUUAUAUAUGCAGACUGAUCUUAGACUUGCGCAAGGCAUGUCAGACAAAAAAAAAAAAGAAGAAGAAGAGAUUAUACCAAAAUGGUAUUUCAACAAAUAGACAAAAAGGCUCGCUGUUUGUGUUAGUGAAGAUGAUGCGGCUUUGACUGGUUUAUUUCUUUUGUUUUUUGUUUUUCUUUUUUUUUAAUAUUAUUAUUGUUAUUGUUAUUAUUAUUAUUAUGGAUGGUAAUUGUUAUUACAGUUAUUUGUUUUGUAAAUUAAAUCAACGUUUUGCAAUCAGUAUUAUAUGUUUUUAUAUUGUUAAAGAAGCAAACCAUGCACAAAAAAAGUUGAAAAAACAUUUUCAUAUUUUUAUUGAGAUGGUGGCGACGCACCUGACCUGACUUCUAUGUGAAUUGAGUGUCAGUAUUACAGCAUGGGUUCUCUUGCUCUCCAGUGAUUCAGUGUCUUUUUAACAGAGAUUUUGCAUAUGUGGACUCUCAUCCAGACAUAUCUCAGUCAUUUCUCAGUAAAAUGGUCUCAA